GUUUUGUUACUGAGACGCUCAGUUCCAACUUCCCGCUUCCGUUAUACUAUGUCCAUGCGUCUCUAGUGGCGUAAGUACUAAGUUCAGUGCAGUGAUCGUUUCUGACUUGAAUUAUGUUAAAGUAUUUAAAUUUUUAGUUUUCAGUAUUCUUGAAUUUUAUAUUAUUAUGAUGGUUGACGGCUACGAUUUUAUCACAAUCCACGGAAUUAGUAACGCCAUCAUUAUGACCAUUAUGUCGAUUGGUCGAUAUUAUAAUUUUUAAUUUUAUUAUCCAACGAAUUAUAUAUAAUUUUUACGUUGUUUGUAUAAACAAUAGUAUAUAAGUAUGUUAGUUGUACAGAGUAUUCUGUUGUGUUACGGCAUUGACUUAUUGGAAUAUUUGAAGUCUAAUAUUGAUCGCUAUUUAUGCAAUGGCGAAACGUCUGAUUCGGAGGAAGACAAAAUAAUAGAAAUUAUCAGUCAACAAUCAUGUGCAUGUACACUGGAUGAAAAUGGCAUAAAAUUUUGGCCACCAUUGUAUAUGCAAAGAUACAUGACUGUACAAGAAGUUAUUGAACAUCCUAUUUGGAGUGGUACAAUAAAAAAAGUUGUCGAUUUUGGUUGUUCCGAGAUGGGUUUAUUUAAAUGUAUAAAACCAAUUCCAGGACUCAAUAACAUUAUGCUUGUUGAUGUGGAUUUUGAUACAUUGGAUAUAAAUCAGUUUAAGGUGUUACCAACUAAUUAUGAUCAUAUAUCAAUGCAUGAACGUAAAGAGCCUUUGACAGUAGAUAUUUAUAAUGGUAGUAUUGCUGACCAAGAUGAUAGGAUGUUAGGUGUUGAUGCAGUUAUAUGUAUUGAAUUAAUUGAACAUUUAUAUUUGGACGUUCUGGAUUCAUUGCCCAAUAAUGUGUUUGAAUUCAUCAAACCUAAAUUAGCUGUGUUUACUACACCCAAUGUGGAAUUUAAUAUUCUAUUUCCAAAUUUUACAACACAGUUUAGACAUGACGACCACAAAUUUGAAUGGACUAGAAAACAAUUCAAGGAAUGGGCAAAAAAAAUAAUUACUCGUUAUCCAGAGUACGCUGUACAAUUUGAUGGUAUUGGAGCAGGUCCUUCUGGUACAGAAAAUAUUGGUUGUUGUAGUCAAAUGGCCAUUUUUUACAGGAAGGAUAUGACAACUUCUCCUGUUAAACCUAUUGAUUCUACUCCUUACAAAUUGUUGAGACGUGUUGACUAUCCAUAUGAACUUGAUGACGAAAAUCAUUGGGAACGGUCCAUGUAUGAAAAGUUAAGAAAAUUUGUUUCUGAAGCUUCAUGCAACAAUAAAUAUAUUGUUGGUCACAAUAUGGAAAUACCGUUAAAUGAAAUUAUGCCAUAUGUUUCAGAUUGCUGUUCAUCUAUAGAUAAAUUAGAGGAUAUCGUCAAUAAACUCUACUACACUAGGAAAAAUGAUCACGGAGAAUGUUUAUUGAUUAAACCUUUACCAGGAUUCAGUUCAGAUGAAUAUGAAUCAGACUCAGAUGAAUAUGAAUCAGACUCAGAUUCAUUCUCAAACAAUAGUGGACAGGAAUACAAUCUAUUGGAAAAUACAGUAAACCUUGACAAUGAUAUUGAAGAUUGGAAUGAAUCAGCUGUCUUAAGUUCUGACAAAUCAAAACUUUGUUAUUCUACUCCAAUGACUAGGGAUCCAGAGCUCAAAUACUAUUCAAAUAAUGUAGACAGUUUCAGCACAGUGCAUUCAAAUUCUGGUUUGUAUAAAACAGCUGUUGAUUACAAUAAGACUGAAGAUACUGAGGAUAUGGUAAUGUCAUUUAGCUGCAAUAGUAGUGUUGUUGAAGACUGUAAUGUUUACCAAGACUUUAAAACAGGACAAAAUAAUUCUGUAAUCAAUGAAGAAGAUGUUAAUGAAACAGAAAAAACAUUGACAUGUGUUGCAAAUAGUCGCAAACCUUCCAAUGAUGGUGAUAAAUUAAAUCACAACUAUACUGAUGAUAUGGAAAUAUCAUCUAGCUACAAUAGUAGCAUUAUUGUUGAAGACUGUAAUGUUUAUCAAGACUUUAAAACAGGACAAAAUAAUUCUGUAAUCAAUGAAGAAGAUGUUAAUGAAACAGAAAAAACAUUGACAUGUGUUGCAAAUAGUCGCAAACCUUCCAAUGAUGGUGAUAAGUUAAAUCACAACUAUACUGAUGAUAUGGAAAUCUCAUCUAGCUACAAUGGUAGCAUUAUUGUUGAAGACUGUAUAGUUUAUCAGGAUUUCAAAUCGGGCCGAAACAUUUCUGUAAGAAAUGAAGAAGAUAUUAAUGAAACAGAAAAUACAUUGACAUGCAUUACAAAUAGUCAUGAAUUUUCCAAUGAUGAUAAACCAAAUGACAACAUAAUCAAUGAUAAGACUAUCAUUAACAAUAAUAGUAAUAUAUCUUUAAAAUUAAAAUGUAGUUCUGAUACUGCACAUAAAUUUAAAUCUAAUAAUUCUGAUGAAAUUUGUAUCAUAAUUAAAGAUGGGGUGAAUGAAAUUGAUGACCAACUAACGGUAUGCUUGAACAGGACAUUGUUAGAUGAAAACGGUUACACAGAAAAGUUGUUGUCUACUUCAGAUAAUGAAUCAUCAAAAAAGUGAAAAAGUGUAAUUCAAAAUUCAAUUUAUUAUUAUAAUUCAUAACUAAAACGGCAUUAGAUCUUAAAACAAAUGUCACAGCAUUUAAUUAUCAUCACAACAUAAUUUUGUUAGUUGUUUGAUAAUUGUGUGUGUUUGUUGAACAUUUUUUUUUUAUUUAUUAAAUUUUAAUGAUUAAAGUAUUUAAUUUAUAUAAUUCUUUGUUUUAAGUGUAAACAACUUACUGGAAACUCAAGACUGUAUUUUAAUUUAAUAACUGAUAUUUUAAAUAAAUGGUGAGUAAUAGUAUGGGUUCCCUUUAUUUUUAAUAUUUUACAUGUGUUCUAAAGAAAUUGUGCUCAAUUUAUUACUUAUUACUUAUUUGUAUUGAGUUAUGUCGUUUUAAACUGGAAAAUGUUAUGUUAGUUUAUGUACAUGUUUUUCUUGUUAUCAACUAAUAAAAAAAAAUAUUGCAAAUAGCAAA